AAAUUUUGACAAUUUAAUGUGUUCACUUUAGGUCUGAUGGAGGUGAAAGAGGAAUGUCAAGAAAUAAAUGAAGUGGAGGAGAAACACCAGUAUCCGGAACCUCGCAAUUUUAAACCUGAAGGAAAAUCUUUGACUUUUGUGAAUUAUUAUGUUCAAUUUUUGAAAAAAAGAUCUCAAAGAAAAGAGGUGCAACAUUCUUUCACAUGCAAUCAGUGUGGAAAGAGUUUCCUUCGUAAACAACUCCUCGUUGACCACAUACGAAUUCACUUGGGGUUGGAGCCCUUCACAUGUGAUCAGUGUGGAGAGAGUUUUGUGCGUAAAGCCCUCUUGAAUGAUCACAUGAGAAUCCACACCGGAGAGAACCCUUUCGCAUGCCUUCAAUGUGGAAAGAGUUUCUCUAACGAGGGAGACCUUAAGCUUCACAAGGAAAUUCAUAUUGGAGCGAAACCUUACAGCUGUAAUCAGUGUGGAAAGAGUUUCAGACGUAAAGGACUUCUCAAUGAUCACAUGAGAGUUCACACAGGAGAAAACCCUUAUUUAUGCGAGCAGUGUGGAAAGAGUUUCAUUCGUAAAGCACUCCUGAAUGAUCACAUGCGAAGUCACACCGGAGAGAAGCCUUACAGAUGCUCUCACUGUGGGAAGGGAUUCACACUUAGAGGAAACCUUAAUUGUCACAUGAGAAUUCACACUGGAGAGAAGCCUUACAAAUGUGAUCAAUGCGGGAAGAGUUUCACAUUAAAAGGAAAACUUAAGCAUCACUAUAGAAUUCACACUGGAGCGACACCUUUCACAUGCAGUCAGUGUGGGAAGAAUUUCACACAGUCAGAGAGCCUUACGUAUCAUCUGCGCUCUCAUGCUGGAAUAAAGCCAUUUAUAUGUGAUCAGUGCGGUAAAGCAUUUAUUUUGGGAUCACGUUUAAAACAACACAUGAACGUUCAUGCAAAUGAGAGGCCUUACAUUUGUUCUGUUUGUGGAAAGACUUUUUCACGUCUGGACUGUUUUAAAAUGCACCACAAAGUUCAUACUGGAGUGAAAUCUCAUGUGUGCUCUGAGUGUGGGAAUAGUUUCGGCAGAGCCGGCGACUUGAAAAUUCACCAAAGAAUCCAUACUGGAGAAAAACCGCACAAGUGUUCACAUUGUGACAAGAGUUUCAAUCAGUUAGGACAGCUGAAAAUACAUGAGCGAGUGCACACUGGAGAGAAGCCGUACCAGUGCCCUUCAUGUGGAAAGAGUUUCAGCUCAUCAAGUGCUCGACAGACUCAUGUAAAGAAGCAUUGUCCAAAAUUGUCAAAGUGAGCUAUCUGAUCUACAA